AUGACGUCUCACACGCCUCCUGAUGGUGUCUUUGUGCCCGUGCCGACCUUUUUCAAGGACAAGGCCGAGGCCCCCGAACUGCAGCCCGCCAUCGACAUAGCCACGCAGGCCGCGCAUAGCGUGCACCUGGCCAGUUCGGGCAUCAUGGGCCUAGUCCUCAUGGGCUCUACCGGCGAGGCUAUUCACAUGUCGAGCGCCGAGCGCUUUGAUCUCAUCUCCGGCGUGCGAAAGGCUCUCAGCGAAGCAGGACACGAAAACUACCCCAUCAUGGCGGGCGUACUCGUCAACAGCGUUGAUGAGGUGCUGGAAUGGCUGCAGAAUGCGAAGAAAGCGGGUGCCCAGUGGGGGCUUGUGCUUGUACCAGGAUACUUUGGCAGUGCCGCGACGCAGGAUAAUCUAGUUGAGUGGUUCACGCUGGUGGCUGAUAACAGCCCUCUGCCGAUCUUGGUAUACAACUACCCAGGUGUCACCAACAACCUGUUAAUCAGCAUCGAUUCCUACGUCAAGCUGGCUCAACACCCCAACAUUGUCGGUUGCAAGAUGUCCCAUGGCAACGUCUCUCACCACCUACAACUAUCUCUCCAUCCCAAGAUUGACCACUCCAAGUUCCGUGUCUUCUCGGGCUUUGGGCAGCAACUUGGCCCCAUCGUCGUCUUCAACGCUGGCGGUGUCAUUGAUGGCCUGGCAGCCAUCUUCCCCAAAACCGUGACUCACCUGUUCUCGCUUGCUGCCAAACGGCCGCUAGACGAGUGGACUCUGGAAGAGACGCACAGGCUACAGUGGAAGGUGUCCACGGCCGAAGAGUUCAUAGUCAAGCAUGGUAUCCUUGGCAUUCGCGAAGCCAUCUUUAAGGUCUUGGGCUUUGGUCAUCUGUCUGGUGGACGGCUGCCAUUAAGGGGCGCGUUGGCCAAGGGCGCCUAUGAUGAGUGGGAUGAGGUGCUAGGGCAGCUGGCUUAUGAGGAGAGCAAGCUGUAG